UACCCUCCCUCUCUUCGCUGUCGCUCGUCGUCUCCUACGACGAUGUUCAACCUCUCCUCCCGCUCCGCGAAGGCGUGGCGGUCAGGCAAGAUCGGCGACAAGAAGGUCGCCAUGUCCUUGGUCGAACCUAACGCGUACAUCAACUACCAACGCAUCGAGGACAACCUCGCUAUCAUUGUGUACGGUCACCUCGACGACCCGCACAACCAGGACAUCGUCCGCGGGACGAGUUAUCUCAAGCUGCGCCCUGACAUGGCUAUUCUGCAGUUCAUGUCGGCAGGCAUGGACACGGCCGCGGUUCCGACCACCGUCCACUGUGACCACUUGAUUGAGGCCCAGGUCGGUGGUCCGAAGGAUCUCGCGCGCGCGGUGAACACGAACAAGGAAGUCUACGACUUCUUGGCUACCGCCACGGCGAAGUACGGUCUCGGUUUCUGGAAGCCUGGCUCUGGUAUUAUUCACCAGAUCAUCCUUGAGAACUAUGCCUUCCCCGGUGGUCUCAUGAUCGGGACGGACUCGCACACGCCGAACGCCGGCGGUCUCGGUAUGGUUGCUUGCGGUGUCGGCGGUGCUGAUGCGGUCGAUCUCAAGUGCCCCAAGGUCAUCGGUGUCAACUUGACUGGCAAAUCAGCGGCUGGACUACUCCUAAGGGUAUAUGUCAUCCUCAAGGUUGCGGGUAUCCUCACGGUCAAAGGCGGUACCGGUGCCAUCGUCGAGUACAAGGGUCCUGGUGUUGAGUCGCUGUCGUGCACGGGUAUGGCUACGAUCUGCAACAUGGGUGCUGAAAUCGGUGCAACGACCUCGAUCUUCCCCUUCAACCACCGGAUGAGCUUCUCGCACAACCUGCAGGCGGACGAGAAUGCCGAGUAUGACGAGCACGUCGAGAUGUGGUUCAAGGAGGCUGUCGAGAAGAACAACUGGCCUGCUGAUCUCCGUGUCGCUCUGAUCGGUUCUUGCACCAACUCUUCGUACGAGGACAUGUCCCGCGCUGUUUCUAUCGUCAAGCAAGCUGCCGACCAUGGUCUGACGACCAAGAGCAAGUUCACGGUUACUCCCGGUUCCGAGCAGGUUCGUGCGACCAUCGAUCGCGACGGCUACAUCGCGACGUUCGAGGAGGCUGGCGGUAUCGUGCUCGCCAACGCGCGUGACGUCAAGAAGGGCGAAGUCAACUCGAUCAUCACCUCCUACAACCGUAACUUCACCGGCGGCGCCGACGGCAAGCCGUUCAAGUUCGUCGACCCGACUGGCGCUGAGCUCCCGCCGAAGGGCUACGACCCCGGAGAGAACACCUUCCAGCCUCCCCCGCAGGACCGUGCCAGCGUCCAGGUCGCCGUCGACCCCAAGUCUGACCGUCUUCAGCUCCUCACACCCUUCGCUCCUUGGGAUGGCAAGACCCCCACUGACCUCCCCAUCCUCAUCAAGGUCAAGGGCAAGUGCACGACGGAUCACAUCUCCGCUGGUGGUCCCUGGCUCAAGUAUCGUGGUCACCUCGAGAACAUCUCUCAAAACUGCCUGAUCGGUGCCAUCAACUCUGAGAACGGCGAGGCUAACAAGGUGAAGAACCAGAUCACUGGCGAGUACGGUGCAGUUCCCCAGACCGGUGCCUACUACCGCGAUCACGGCAUCAAGUGGGUCGUCAUCGGUGACCACAACUACGGUGAGGGUUCGUCGCGUGAGCACGCCGCUCUCGAGCCCCGCUUCCUCGGCGGUAUGGCUGUCAUCACCCGCUCGUUCGCCCGUAUCCACGAGACGAACCUGAAGAAGCAGGGCAUGCUCGCGCUCACGUUCGCCGACUCCGAGGACUACGAGAAGGUCCGCCCUGACGACCGCGUCGACAUCCUCGGCCUCGAGUCCUUCGCGCCUGGCAAGAACCUUACGCUGGUGCUCAAGCACAGCGACGGCUCCAAGGAGGAAGUCUCGCUUGCGCACAGCUUCAACGAGGGCCAGAUUGGGUGGUUCAAGGCCGGUUCGGCGCUGAACCUGGUGAGUACCCCCUGGUGCCUGCGACAUUCUCGAGUGGAACUGACUGGUAUUGCAGAUGGCGGCGACGGCGAAGGCGAAGGCGCAGCAAUAAAUGUGUGCGGACAAUAGCGCGUGGCCAUUGACGUUGACGAUGAUGAUGAUGAUGCAGUCUGUCCUCUCAUGCAAUGCAUGUCUCCUCGCAUAGCUUACGGUUGUAUUCUUCUUGUCUUUAUUCGCUACCAUUCUUUCCAUACUUCCCGAGACGUGUAAUAGCUAGAACGACCGAAUCGAAUGUUCCAUGACUAGCUAAGGCGGACGU